UUUGAGUUGAUGGAAAGUCUGAAAUGAUUAUAAAAGUAAAUGACGGAGACGCUGCGUCCUCCAAGUCGUCCUCGAGCUGCAGUGUAGCGAUUCGUUACACGGCAGUUUAACCAUUCCCUGCUGCAGUGAUGACAAGACUUUAGUGGGACAGUCCAGAAUUUUCGAUAUUGUUGCAGUGAUUCUUUGCCUCAAACAGCUGGGUCGAAUGUCCAUCUCGAUACUCUCGAGCGUUAGAAUGAUCUCCGCUGGGCCAUCCUUCACAUGGUGGGGUGGUGGAGCCUGAAACCAGCAGGGCGACGGCCGACCGACAAGAUACCUCGGCAUCUCCUCUUCCCCAGGUUUAGUUAUCCCUCUGACAAUCCCCAUCUCACUCCACUCUCUCUCCUCUCGGGACCUUUCCAACUGCACAUCAUCACCAUGUCCGCAUACACCUACCAAUACUUCAACGUGACCUUUCCCCAGGAUCACCAAUAUGUCGCGCACGUGGAGAUCAACCGCCCAGACAAGCUAAAUGCCUUCUUCGAAGCUAUGUGGCUCGAACUGGCCGCAAUCUUCAACCAGCUCUCCUCCGACCCCUCCGUCCGAUCGAUCGUCCUCACCGGCGCCGGCGACCGCGCCUUCACCGCCGGUCUCGAUGUAAAAGCCGCCUCGGAAGGCCUCCUUUCCGACUCCGACACAACUCUAGACCCGGCCCGCAAAUCCGUCAUCAUGCGCCGUCACAUCAUCUCCUUUCAGAGCUGCAUCAGCACGAUCGAGAAAUGCGAGAAACCUGUUAUCGUGGCGCUGCACGGCAUCGCCCUCGGGUUGGCGAUCGACAUCAGUGUUGCGGCAGAUGUACGCGUCUGUUCGUCGGAUGUGCGGUUUGCCGUGAAGGAGGUGGAUAUUGGGCUGGCCGCCGAUAUUGGGACGCUGACUCGGUUGCCGAAGGUGGUAGGAAACUUCGGGUGGGUGAAGGAGGUGUCAUUGACGGCGCGGCCGUUUGGGGCACAGGAGGCGGAGAGAGUCGGGUUCGUGAGUCGGGUGUAUGGAACGAAGGGGGAGGCAGUCAAGGGGGCGUUGGAGCUGGCGGGGCUGAUGGCUUCGAAGAGCCCCGUCGCGGUACAGGGGACGAAGGAAUUGUUGAAUUACUCGAGGGAUCACACGGUGGAAGAAGGUCUGCGGUAUACGACUGUCUGGAACAGUGCGAUGGUGCAGACGAAGGAUGUCUCGGAUGCGCUGUUAUCUGGGAUCCAGAAGAGGAAGGCAACGUUUGCGAAGUUGUAGGAAGUCAUGCAAGGGUGAGCGCCUCAGGGCCAUUUGGCUCUGAUUUAAAAGGCAGGGUGUACCCCGUACUAUAUUAUCUACAGUUGUUAUAAAGGGAACCCGACCAGGCUUAGAAGAUCAUCAUUCCUGUCAUCUAACGUUCAAAUUUCCAAAUACUCGACGUCUUCAGCUCUUCUGGCAUUGUCUUUGGC